UAAUCCUAAUACAGUUUUUAUAGUUAAUACUGUAAUCCUGUAUGGUACAUGCAAAACGGUGAAACACAAUUUCUUGAAUCCUGGAUGGAAUUGAACGGUCGCAGUGAACUUCUCAUAUGAUUCCUCUUCUGAAAUAUAUGCAUAAUUCCCAGAAGCUAUUGGAUAGUUACAUACAAGAAGCAGAAAAAUUAAGGAAAGCCUCUUGGGUGCUGCUGUUUGACUGGCGCAACAAGAGUAACCCCACAGCCCUCUUGUCCCCCCAGAAACGUGAUAAAACUCCUCAUUAUAUUUGUGACAGCAGGGUAGCUAGCAGAUCCCAUAGGACAGAGUAAUAUCCUGCAGGACACAGCAUGUCCUGCUCAGCACAGGAGAUCCAGAAAGCUGAUGGUGCAAUCUGCUUUCCUGUGUUCUGUAAACUUACUGCACGUCUUUGGGAACGCGGAGUGGACAGUCUUCUAAAGGAAAAAAAAUGCUGUACAUGUGAUACCUUCUCAGCAGAAUUUGGAGGCCAGAUGCUGUUUAUGGAUUUUACAUAGCAGAAUCAUCAGAUAAAAUACACAAGCAGCGUUUGGAGCUAUGGUGGGAACUCUGCUGUCUCCGGUUGUUUUGCUUAGCCAACAGUACUGCGCGUGAGGGACAGUAGGUGAAACUGUUCUGCAGGAUGAAAGACUUGGUAUUGAGGAUCCAGUAUACACACUACACCUUUUGGGGGUUUUCCUCUGAACUAUAGCCUACCUCACACAUGCCCCGCCAACACCUGAACACAAACACUGAGCCCUCUGUGCCACAAUCUCAGUCGUUAAGUUGGAGAGUCGCAUUUGCUCCUGCUGCUGCUGUGAUUCCAUGAAUAUGAAGCUUUUUGCUCCAGAGUAGGAACGUUCAAAUGGAGGAAAAGCCUUGUGCAGAACACCUUGUGAUCUGCUAGGUUGGGUGCUCUGCAGGGCAGCGGGUUUCUACCUUCUUGGGCUGAGGGGGGAAACUAAGCACAGAUCUACCACAUCUUGGGUGAUUUCUCUGACUGAAGAGCCUUAGCUGAAAAGGAGCAGGGUGCUACCGCAGCUCUAACAGCCUCUGCCUCCAGCAAAGAGAGACUUUUUAAGCAGAAGGUUGACCAGACGUUUCUGGCCUGCAGAUCUGAAGUGAGUAGCUUGCUGUAGGCGUUUCCUUACUAAAUGGACAUGUUGUUCUAGGUCACACCUGGGGCACUUUUCUUUCCUGUGCAGCCUACAGGGGAGAUGGACUCCAAACAAUUACUGUAUGUUUCCUUUUUAGCAUUUGGUAGCAGUGUCGUGAUGCCUAAACACAUUUUUGGUUCAUUCCUCAGUCUCCGAUUACAGAAGCGUUGCUUGCUGUAAAAUGGACAUGCUAGAGCAUACUGGAUAGGCUUUUUAAAUACUGAUUAGUGCUUGUAAAAGGUUAUGAUAUCCUGAUUUGAACAGAAUUGCAGGUGAAUAAAGUUUUUACUGUCAUCAUUUCUGUUAUCUUAACACUGUCAAGCCCUGGUCAGGAAAUUAAAAAAUGGUCAGUUCCCUGGGAAGUUGUAAUUUAGGGCAAAGACAACAAGACGUCUUAAGUGGAAGAUCACAGAGAAAGAGUGAUAGAAUAUUGGUCUGUAGGGUGCUAUCAUUUAUUGGAUGGUUUGAAUGUCAGGAGUGACUUGCUGGUUUUGUUAAAAGAACCUGACACUACAUUUCUGUUGUUUUGUUUAGUGCAGCUUUCUAAAAACUACCAUCUUAACCAUUUCUCAUCAUCUGUGUCCUCAGUAGUCACAGAGAGAGUUUUUCAUUAAAAUGGUUUAUCAUUUCAGUGCCUUGGAUUAUGAAAUAAUGUGAAGAAGUCAAGGUAUAAAUACUAACCAUUAGAUUCUGUUGUUAAAUCAGUAUUCAAGCAGUUUGAAAAUUAGUCUGCAACCUCAUAUUGGGCUCUCAGGGUCAGAAAUGUCACGCUCCAGAAUAAUGACAGUUGCCAGCAGGCUUCUCAGCAAUGCAAUUUUGACUGCAAAAUGUGACGCUAAUACGAUUUAAACAUGGUGUGAAAUGCUACAGGGCGAACAAACUGAUUUAUGUGCGCUAUCAAAAACAAAUUUUAAUAUUUGGUCAAGACCAUAUAUUUCUGUGUUUGGGAAAGUUAGGAUUGUUGGGUUUGUUUCAUAAGACCUUUGAGAAAAAGAUACUAAUUUUUAUUCCCAGUCUAUGUUGCAACAAUUCACUGCAUGUUGGUGCCGUAGCUCUCCUUACAGAUGCUAGCGUGCAUGCCUACAUAUCUAUUUACAGUUAGAGAAGGGAAUAAAAACUGGCCGUUUUGAGGCUGGAGAGAGCAGGCGCUGCCUGUUUCAGCUCACACCAGUGGCCCCCAUAGCCUCCCAGAGACCUACUGGAGCCAAGAGAGCUUUGCUUGGACAAAGUUGUCCAUUCACGUGGGCCCAUUUCUACCAAGUCCCAAGGCUAGAGUGAUCUCUAUGAAGUCCGUAAAUGGAGAUUGAGCUUUUAAGAUGACGGAUGGCUCUCCUGUUACGAGGUGUUUGAAAUUAUAUUCCUGGGGUUUUGGAAAUUAGAGGCAGAGCAAGGAGCACUUUUAAGUGUAUUUGUAGCUAGAGAGUUUGUGGAUUACUUGUACGGUGCAACAUACAUUGGGGCAACAUGCUAAACAGGCCAGGUUUUCAAAACAUGAGCACUUUAGUACCAAAUAAGAGUUAAGUGCUUCUGAAAAUCCAACUAUGUCGUCACCUGGAAGGAAGGACAGUUGGGUAGCUGGCAUGAAGAAACGUGCAUCUGUGCCACAAACUUGGGAAUGUUUCUUAGAACUGUAUUCAACAAGACAAUUUCUUUUGACAGUGGAGAAGUCUCUGCCUCAGCUUUCCUACUACCAUGCUUGCUGAGCAAAUAUCCUGCUGCCCCUUUUGCCCCUCUCCCCUCCUCAGGCGUGCUCAUCUGCUUUUUAGGGGAGAGUGGAAGCGGGCAGGGAGGGCCUCUUUCAUUUUUUGACCUGGAUCUGGUUUAGAAUAUGACACCAAGAACAGUUACAUUGACAGAACCGAGGAGAUGAUAAAGACUGAGUGUAAGGAGUCUAUCUUAAUAGAAAGUGAAAAAUGCCUAAGAAGAAGACUGGUGCUCGAAAGAAAGCUGAGAAUCGUCGUGAACGCGAAAAGCAAAUAAGGGCUUCAAGAGCGAACAUAGAUUUAGCCAAGCAUCCUUGCAAUGCCUCAAUGGAAUGCGAUAAGUGCCAAAGACGACAGAAGAAUAGAGCUUUUUGCUACUUCUGUAACUCAAUUCAGAAAUUACCCAUUUGCGCACAGUGUGGAAAAACCAAAUGUAUGAUGAAGUCUUCAGACUGUGUCAUAAAACAUGCUGGUGUGUACAGUACUGGACUAGCAAUGGUGGGUGCAAUUUGUGAUUUCUGUGAAGCUUGGGUGUGUCAUGGGAGGAAGUGUCUCAGCACACAUGCGUGUAUCUGCCCUCUUGCAGAUGCAGAAUGUAUUGAGUGCGAAAGAAGUGUCUGGGAUCAUGGAGGCAGAAUAUUCGCCUGUUCUUUUUGCCACAAUUUCCUCUGUGAAGAUGAUCAGUUUGAACAUCAAGCCAGCUGCCAGGUUUUGGAAGCAGAGACGUUUAAAUGUGUUUCCUGUAACAGACUUGGGCAGCAUUCAUGCCUGCGUUGUAAGGCUUGUUUUUGUGAUGAUCAUGUGCGAAGUAAGGUUUUUAAGCAAGAAAAGGGAAAAGAGCCUCCCUGCCCUAAAUGCGGACAUGAAACUCAGCAGACAAAGGAUCUGAGCAUGUCAACGCGCUCUUUGAAGUUUGGCCGCCAGACUGGAAGUGAAGAGGCAGAUGGAGCUUCUGGUUAUGAUGCCUACUGGAAGAACCUCUCCACCAGCAAGGCUGGAGAUGCAGGUGAUCGUGAGGACGAAUAUGAUGAGUAUGAAGCAGAGGAUGAUGAUGAAGAUGAUGAUGAGGGAGGGAAAGAUUCUGAUACAGAGACAACAGAUGUAUUCAGCAGUUUGAAUUUAGGAAGAACCUAUGCUAGUGGGUAUGCACAUUUUGAAGAACCUGAAGAUUAAGCUUAAUCUGCUGGGAGCUAAAAACGUUUGGAAGGAGUUGAGUAUAUGCUUCAUUUAUGAUGUGUGUACAUGCCAGUAGAAUAGCUCUAUUGGGUACUUACAUAUCAAGCUUGAAAAUAAAGAGUGUGGGACUUGUAUAGUAACUCCAAGUGAGACUUAAUGGUAUAAAAAGAGGAGCUGGGGGAGAAAAUAGGGGAAUGGCUUUAUUCCUCUAAGCAACUGAAGCGUUGUCGUCCCUGAGUUACCGACUGUAACAGUUCAAAGCUUUUCUCCCCCAUCAGUUCCCUCCCACAGGAAUAUGGGAGGGCAGGACAAUUUGUUUCCAUUUGCUCAUCACAAAUUAAGUUAUUUGUACGAUAAUUUCGUUACCUGAUUUCAUAAACCUAAUGUAGUGGUGGGUUGGUGACUUAAUUUUUUUGGUCUGCACAAUAAAAGUCAACUGCAUUCUCUUGAA